CCGACAACCGCGGUUGACGUCGACGAUGCAGAAUCAGCAGCGACACAACAUCCUGACCAAGAUGGCCGCUUGGAGCAUCCAGGCCCCAGUGAACCCGCACAACAUCAUGACGGAGAAUCCGAGCGUGCCUCUGUCCAAGAUUGACGGCGAGCGGGAUGUCAUGGCCGAGAUCAAGUGUGAAUUCCAGUUUGCGUUCUCUGGCAACUCGCAAGCGUCGUCGACGCAACCCGGCGCAAACAGCGAAGUGGCCAAGAAAACACGCUUCCAGAACCCAUUCUCUUACCUCAAGCAGGCGUCGUCGUCCGCCUCCAAAGACGCGAUCGACGCUGGCUCGUCGUCCGCUCCUGUGGAGGCACCCUCCACCACCUCCUCGUCCAGCAGCAGCAGCAGUCGCCACAAGGCCGACUACAAGCUACCUGGAAAGCUCAUGAUGACGUCGUACCGCAUGCAGUUCUAUUACCAUCCGUCCAUGUCGGAAGGGGAAGCCGACGCCGCGGCCUUCCAAAGCCUCCUCCGCCGCUUCCGCAUACUUCGGCGGGUGCAUGAGUACUGCACCGUGGCAUUGGGCACAAUCUUGCGCGUCGAAAAGUCUGAGAAGCACCACAGCUUGGAAGUCGAGACCAAAGACCAUCGAAGGUUCCAUCUGUCGUUCCAUGGCCAGCCCGAAAUCCUCGUCAAGGUGCACGAGCUGCUCAUGUCGUACGCGUUCCCGUCGUCGUUCGAGUACGUGUUUGCAUUUUGCCAUCGGCUGCCGACCAACAUGACACUUCACGACUCCACGGCGUACGCGGCGGAGCGCCGUGCCGACGAGUGUCUUCCGCUGCAGUGGGAUUGGGAUGUGUAUGCUCCCCAAGCAGAAUGGCGCCGCCAGGGGCUGUUGGACAACCCGCAAUGGCGCAUCUCAAACAUCAACCAAGGGUAUGCGCUCAUCCCGAGCUAUCCGUCGCAGCUGCUCGUGCCCGCAACUGUCCCGGACGAGGUGCUGUCGGAAGCGUCGAGUUUCAGAAGCAUCGGUCGGAUUCCGUGUGUGACAUGGGUCCACCGCGGGAAUGGCGCGUCCUUAUCACGGUCAAGUCAGCCCAAGAUUGGCAUGUCGAAUGCAAUUUCAUUGGCGGACGAAGACCUUGUCGCAGCAAUUGCAAAUGCAAACGCACCCAACCAAACCAUCCACAUCAUUGACUGCCGCCCCAUGUCCAGCGCCAUGGCGAAUCGAGCCAAGGGAUACGGCGUUGAAAGCUCUCUGCGAUACAAGCAAGCCACGGUCGAGUUUAUGAACAUCCCCAACAUCCACACGAUGCGGGACAGUGCCAAGAAGCUCAAACACUUGUCACUGUCGCUCACAUGUGACAACCUCAACUGGUACGCCGACGUGGAAGAAACCAAGUGGCUAUACUAUCUCCGGUUGACCCUCAAGGCGACGCUGCACGUGGUGGACCUCAUGCACGUCCAGAGCGCGUCCGUGUUGAUCCACUGCAGCCACGGAUGGGACCGCACGUCGCAACUGGUCGCGCUCGCGCAGCUGUGCUUGGACCCGUACUUCCGGACCAUCCAAGGGUUUCAAGUGCUUGUGGAGAAGGAUUUCCUCGCGUUUGGCCAUCCGUUUCAGAUGCGCCUCGCAAAUGGGGCUAAACAUACAGGCGACUACUCGCCCAUCUUUCUUCAGUUUCUAGAUUGCGUGUGGCAGCUGCAGCAGCAAUACCCGUCGUUCUUUGAAAAUAUGUGUGUUGUGGGUAUGAUGUAGAUUCAACCAAGGCCUCCUGUGUCUCUUGGCGGACGAGCUGUACUCGUGUCGAUUUGGAACGUUUUUGCUCAGCACGCAGCAAGAGCGGGAAGCGCUGCGACUGCGGGACACUACCACCAGCAUAUGGACAUAUCUCAACGGAUACCGCGGCGUGCUCGAGAACCGCACGUUCGUCGCCGACCAAGUGCUGCUGCCCACCCAGUCCAGCCUCUUGCGCGGUGUCACAGUGUGGCCCCAUGUAUUUCUGCGAUGGAGCGCGCAAGCCUCGGCGGUGGACAUCCCGUGUGCCAACAGUCAAGUUUUCGUCGACAACGAACUGCGGCAACCUAGUUGGCGCCUCUCCCACAGCAUCCUGUCCUUGUUGGCCGAGCUCAAUCCCCCCAAGCACUAACUAGCAGUGACAUAGCCGCAUCUUGAACACCACAUUAUUGUGACUGACGGUGGACAAUACGAAUUAAUCACACACAACGAUCCGUUUGUGUCUAUCCCUUGGUCGGGCUCGGCGCAGUUGUCUUCGAAGGCGUCGAGUGCUGAGCCAUGGUCUUCUCCGACACUGGUUCCACAGGAGCUUCCACGGGAACUUUCGCGCUGGCUGCUUUGUCCACACUCCGCCGCUUGGACUUACCGCCUCGCCGCGCAGAGUUUUCAUCAUCGUACGCGUCAAAAUCGUCGUCGUAUUCGUCGGCGACUUCUGUGGCAUCUGGAUUUGUCUUGGCAGUGUCUUGGAUCUCUGGCAUGAGGUCUUCGAUAGAAUCGCGGCGAAGAAGUGUUGGAGGUAGACGUUGGUCCUUCUUGGGAGGCGUGGCAGUGGCACUGGUCGCCAAGGCUGGACCCAACGACGGACCGCCACCAGUGUCGUUCGUGGGGGUAACACCUUCUUUAGGUGAAGCCGCCUUGGUUCCUUCCCCCCCAUUUCCCGAUACGCGAUCGAUUGUCUUUGCUUCCACGUCGCAUUUCUCAGUUGUUUUUAGUGGUGGUGCUGGUUGGGGGGUUGAUAGCGGGGACACUAGUGUAACGCCUCCCUUGACGUCGGCCCCCUUUGCCUCCCCCUUUGCAUCGUGAACAUCCUUGGUUCCUGGAGGCUGCAAUGCUUUGGCCUGGGACGACAUGCUACCAGGCGGAUUGGACACACUCGGGGGGGUAUCCUUUCUGUCGUGAGGGCCAACAGUGUCAACGGACUUGGCAUCUUCAAUGGGGAUGCUAGACAACUUUGGGCUAGGCGUUGUCGCAUAUCCUCUUUUGGAAUCCUCAAGAGGCGUAGCAUUCCUAUCCUGGUGAUUUCUUGCGCUGGAAAGGGUAUCACUGGACG